UAGUCGGACGUAUUUUGUAGUAACACCCUUUCAAAAUGACUUCCAAAACAGACACAACAUGCAAAAUAUUUUCUUUUCAAGACUACAAAUCCUCUCCCGAUCCGAUUUUCGAGAUUUCUGCCGAAUGCUUACAACCAUCACCAGUUCCGAUAAUAAUAGAUAACGGCUCUUUUCAAACAAGGGCCGGCUGGGCAUGCAAAGGGGACGAACUAGGCGCACCGCGGCUUCUGUUCAAGUCCGUGGCGGCGAGGAGCAGAGGGGCAGCGCGAAGUGAAACCCAAAUCGGCAAUGACAUUUCUAACCUCGAGCCGGUGCGAUGGCUCCUGAAAAGCCAGUUUGACCGAAAUGUGGUUGUAAACUUCGAGAUACAGGAACUGAUGUUCGAUUACAUAUUCAGCCACCUCGGAGUUGUGACUGAGGGCAGUGUUGAACAUCCUAUAGUGCUCACAGAGGCGCCCUGCAACCCACUGCACAGUCGCCAGAUGAUGUCAGAGCUGCUCUUUGAGUGCUACAGAGUUCCUCAUGUGUCCUAUGGCAUAGACUGCCUGUACAGCCUCUACUACAACAAUGCUCUCAGCAACCUCACACACCAAAACACAGGAAUUGUCCUCUCCUCUGGCUACCACUGCUCUCACAUCCUACCCGUUAUCAAUGGAAGGCUGGAUGCAGGGAACUGUAAGCGUGUGAACGUGGGCGGGAGCCAGGCGGCCUCGUAUCUCCAGCGUCUGCUCCAGCUGAAGUACCCUGGUCACCUGGCUGCCGUCACCCUCAGCCGCAUGGAGGAGCUGCUCCACGAACACAGCUACACAGCCACAGACUACCACCAAGAGCUGGAGAAGUGGCGCAGUGUAGAGUUCUAUGAGCAGGAGGUGCACCGCAUGCAGCUGCCCUUCUCUGCCAAGGGGCUGGGCGGCGUGGUGAGUGUGGAGGAGAGGCAGGAGAGACGCACCCAGCAGCUGCGCAGGCUACAGGAGAUCAACGCCCGGCGCAGGGAGGAGAAGCUACAGCAGGACCAAGAGCGGUUGGAUAAACUACUGACAGUGCAGGAGCUGUUGGAGGACGGCUACCUGGAGCAGUUCCAUAAGAACCUGGUACAGCUGAAUAUGGACUCUGCUGAGGAGCUGCAGUCCUACAUCAACAAGCUGAGCCUGGUGGUGGAGCAGGGCAGGCAGCGGCUCUUACAGGCCUCAGAAAUGGAGCAGCCAAUGGAUGAAGGGGACGGGGUGACAGAGAUGGAUCCGGACUUCAGUGAGGAAAACACCGAGACAGAAAAGCCUGUGCAGCCGGUGUUUAACAUGGCAGAGUACCAUCAGCUGUUUGUGGGCACGGAGCGCCUGCGAGUCUCAGAGAUCCUCUUCCAGCCGUCGCUGAUAGGAGAAGACCAGAUGGGCAUGAUGGAGACGCUGCAGUAUGUCUUAGCCGGGUAUACUCCUGAGCAGCAGGAGGCACUGGCCCGUAAUGUGUUCCUGACGGGAGGGAACCUACAGUAUCCAGGUAUGAAGGAGAGGAUAGAGAGAGAGCUGCUGGCCAUGAGGCCCUUCCAGUCGCACUUCCAGGUGAUGAUGGCGUCGCGGCCUGCGGUGGAUGCCUGGUACGGGGCUCGGGACUGGGCCUUGGAGCACCCCCCUGGCGGGGAGGGCUGGAUCAGCCGGCAGGACUACGAGGAGAAGGGCGGUGAGUAUCUGAGCGAGCACUGUGCCUCCAACGUCUUCAUCCCCAUGAAGAUCGCCAAACCAGUCCCGCGCCUUGCUGAACCACUGUUAGUGCCCAUUACCACGAUGACAGCAGCUUCCCCCGACAGUGUUUCAGCCUCUACAUCAACCUUCACCUUGGCACCGACCCAAACUUGAACUCCUCCACUUUCUCUCAUGAGCACUAAUGGGAAAGAGCAUAACUAGGUGGGUGCAUCUCACUGUAUAUAUCAUGGUGCUGUGAAUUUUGGGAUUUCAAAUUAGCACAGAUGAUGAUGGACCAAUGGACCACUCAUGUUGAAUGGUUACAACUUUAGACCGGUCUGAAGGCAUUGGGCUGUUUGGUUGUGUUAGUCCUUUUUAUACUUCAUCACAUAAAUGAUUUUGUUUUUUUACCUGUGGAGUUAAUAAUUACAAUCAAGCUAUGUUUCAGAUUCAGUCAAGGAUAUGUUGUCAACCAAACACCUAGAUGCCACAAGCUGGCAUUUGCUGUCAAAUAUUACAAUAAAAACAUACUUUUUGU